UCAGAAAGGAAAAUGUCAAAUUCAGCAGCAGGGCAAUGGGUGAAAUUUUUCAAUGCGUCCGGCAUACCCUCUCCUGCAGCGGCAACAUAUGCCCACAUUUUUGUGGAGAAUAGAAUUCAAAGUGAUAUGUUAAUGGAUCUGAAUAAGGAAUAUUUACGAGAAAUGGGAAUAACGCCGAUGGGUGAUAUAAUUGCAAUAUUGAGACAUGCCAAGAAUGUCAGUGAUCAGACAGCCCGUGAGAAAGUACUGAGCACAGAGGUGCCUGUGGCAGCCGUGGCCGCUAAUCCAGCCCUGCCUUUGGAAAAGAACAAAAUCAGACUCAGGCCCUCAUCAACGGUAUCUACCACCACGACAUCGUCAGCUGUCGUGGCCCCUCUUCCACCCGUCAAGCCCAGAAGAGUAUUACCAGAACAUGAAGGAAAAUACAAAAUCAAAUUACCUUCAGGUACCACAGAACGAAGCAAACAAAUAUUGGCCAAACAAGCCAAAUUAUAUUCUGACAGAGAAGCUGCCAAAGAUAAAUCCACAAUAUUCAAAAGACUUGCCAUUAAUUCUAAGGAUACCAUAGAGAUUGACGAAGAGACAUCGACUACAUCAUCAUCCACAAGCUCAGAUAAUGUUAAAGUAAGAAUCACUGGCCUGGGAAGUAAAUCACAAACAUCAUCAUCAAUAUUUUCGCGUUUGGGUGGUAAAGAGGAAGAUGUUGCAGCUGUAACGAAGCAAAUUAAGCCCAUAUUAAAGAAUACAGCUAAGAAUGUAAGUAGAUUAUCAACAAUUGUCAAGGCAAAAACUGUUGCCACCGCGCCAACUGUUGUGAAACCGAUUAAACAGAAAGUAUUCUUAGUCAAAAAGGUUCCACUUAAAGAUGAUACAGAUAAUGACAACAAUGACGGCGCAGAUAUAUCCGACGAGGAUAUGUGGGAUAAUGAUAUGGACACUUCAGGGGGAAGUGAGAAGUUUGUAAAAUUUGCAUCUACUGCUGAGGUGAGAGAAUUUGCCUCGCGAAGAUAUAGUUCACCAACAAAGAAAACAUUUAAUGCACGCCAAGACAUGAUGAAGGAGAAACCAGUUAAAGCAAGGCUGGGUUUGAGUAUGAAAUUUAAAAUGUCGUUUUUUGCCUCACCACCCUCCAAAGCAAAGGCUUUGCCAAAAAUGAAGGCGGAUUUAAGUCGCCGAGAUAUACCUGUCCAUAAACGUUUGGGUAAUGCAUCGAAUGUCAAAUCAAGUCCCACAGCUGGUGUAUCAUCAAUCUCAAAACGUUUGGGAAAAGUUCAUGUAGCAGGUUCAGCCGCCAACCAGACAAAGAACGCGAAAGCGUCUGUAUUUGAUCGUUUGGGAUUUAAUAGCUAA